AUAACAGUCCUAAUCCGAUCAACCAGAUGUGUCUGUUCCACUAAUCAAAAAUUUCAAAACCAGCCUACGGUAGGAAAUGCCGGCCAAGAAAAAGCACAAAAAAUCAGCAAGGCCAUGAGAAUGUACUUGGAAAGGGCCCAAGCGCACAAUGCAUUUAUGAGUGAAGAGAUUGCAGAGUUUGAGAUGGGCAGACGACACUUGGCAAAUAUCAUGGGACUCGAUCCUGAAAACAUAACCCAGGACGAUAUAGACAAAGCCAUCGAGUAUCUGUUGCCCUCUGGUUUAUUUGUCAAAAAAGCUCGGCCCAUGUUAAAACAUCCAUUAGAAAUUCUGCCGAAACAAAAAGCUGCCCAAUUUGGACUGGAUGGCCGGCCUUAUAGCAGUUUUUUCUAUACUGGCAAGCCCACCUAUGUUGAAUGUUUACAUAACUUAUCACUAAAGUUGGUAGAGUUGAAGAAAUAUGAAGGUGAUAGGAUUACAUUGGGUGUGAAAUUUGACCAAUCACAGCAGCUUAAGCUAACAGGCAGUCAAUGGUAUGAUCAUAAUACGAUGGAAGAUAAGUUCAGUGAAAAAUUAUCCGAGCAAGAAUACAACGUGUUAAUAUCAACGUUGGAACACUUAAGCAAGUUACCAUACUCUUACAUGGAGAGGGUGCUGAUAUUUCAGUAUAGGCUGGAUCUUAAGAGGCAAAAUUUAAUGCUUAACCUAGAGAAAAAAGCUGUUCAAUAUGAUGCUAAGGGUAAAGGAUUCCAUGAAGAUGAAGGUAAGAGAAAGACAGCAAUGGCCAAAGUGAGGCUGUAUGAAAAGGGCACUGGAAUCGUCACGGUCAAUGGAAGACCAUUCCUCGAUUUUUUUCCAAGAUUGGCUGACAGGGAACAAGUUCUCUUCCCCCUACAACUGACCGACAAACUAUGCAAAGUUGACAUAGAGGCCACAGUAGAGCAUGGAGGUACAAGCGGUCAAGCCGGAGCUAUCAGACUAGCCCUGUCCAAAUGUUUAAUACAGAUGGUGCCGAGUGGUAUGGUGGAAAAAUUGAGAUUGGCUGGCCUACUGACACAUGAUCCGAGGAGGUUAGAAAGACAGAAGCCAGGUCAGCAGGGUGCUCGAAGGAAAUAUACAUGGGAAAAAAGAUGAGAAACCGUGGGGAUAUUUUUUUUAAAUAUUGUUUGUGUAAUAAAAUAAAAUCAGGCAAAUCAUUAUGGUAUUUUGAUUCUAAAAAGAUUCAAAGAUGAUCGUGUAUGUUUGUGUGUGUGUGUGUAUGUCUGUCUGUGUGUGUGUCUCUAUAUUCUCUAUAUAUGUGUGCGUAUGUGUGUGUGAUGUGCAUUUUGUCGCAAUAAUCAUUUUUUUCAAAUUAAUUAACUAUCUAAUUAACUAUAAAUAAAAGCUAUUCGUUUAAAUUAACGUUAAUAAAAAUGAUAAUUGCUAAUAGCAAGCAAACAUUUAAAUAACAAUAAUAACAGUAAUAAUAAUAAUACGGACUGUGGAAACAAUAAGAAACAUGAUAAAAUUAGAUGAUGAUAAUAAUAUAAAUAAUAAUAAAUUGUUGAAAAAACUCAUGCUAAAUAAACUCAUGGGCAGCUGUUGUAGUAGGUUGAGACAUUUCAUAAGAGCAGUUGAACUGAUGAUGAUGAUGAUGAUGACGACGAUCACGAUGAUAAUGAUAUAAAUGAUGAUGAUGGUGGUGAUGAUGAUGAUGACAAUGAUGCACAUUGUACACGGUG